AUGGACAAAGCCAGUCAGACCAGGGGCCCCUUGUUUGACAGCUCCGACUGGAUCCGGCACGCUCAAUUCAAUCUUCUGUUCGUGCCCCAACCGUAUGCACAGCCUCCAACAGAGGAUUUAGAUCGAUGUUGUGACUGCCAGACGCCCACUAAGCUCGCCAAACGCACCUACGGCACAAGCCAUCUCUUCACCUCAGUCAAAUUUCUUACGGCCGAGAACAGCGCCGUCUUUGUCCGCUUUUUCAAGUUCCAGCACGCCACCAAUGGAGAGACUUCGCCGGCGCCGAAGACCGGCAUUCUCGUGCCUGGAAUGCAGGCGACGAAAGAUAAAUGUGUGCACAAGGUCUUUCGAGAUGCGCCCGAGACAUCCCCCGUCCAAAGUAGUACGCAGGGUCGGACAGCAGUCUCCUCAUCAGUUGAUACCCCAUCCUCCCGUGCCCAAAGCCGACCCUCUCGCACACAUAGAAUCGUAAACAAAAAGGGCAGCGUGACGUCCAGGCCUCUCGUCGCCAGAGCGGAUAUAUCACAGUCCACACCAGCACUAACACUCGCGGGGCAAACAGAAGCCACCACAGCUCAGACCCCAGGAACUACCCGUGCCGAAGAUGAGCAGCCAAGUGUACAUGCUCUUCUACAACGGAUACAGCAUCUCGAGAAUUCUCUGGCAACGAGUCCCGUACCAGUGCACUUUGAGCCUGGAGGGGAAUUGAUUGGUCGCCAACUGGUGCAUCAAGAUACACGGGUCAGCCUCUACAAGACAAGGACCUUAAAAUGGAGCUACUGGGUGGGUAUGGCUGAUGAGUUUGACCUUAUCAUGGCUUGCUAUUCUGCGGCUGGUGGCGGCCCCUUUGCUAGCUACGGCGAAACAGACGACGACGACAAGCUGAACUCCUUCCAUGGGCCUGAGAUUGAAUCUCUGCUUGAAGAGAUUGGGGAUCUCCUGCGAAAUCUCUCGGAGGAGCUGGCUUUGAUCUUCGCCCCCCCCUCCCGCGAGCUGGCAGACACUAUGGUCGAUCUCUACUGUACCUCUUUCGAGUCGGUGUAUCGGAUCAUUCACAUGCCUUCGUUUCGUUCCGAGUAUCAGAGAUACUGGGACAACCCAGAGAGUGCCACGGCCAGUCAGUGUCUCCAGAUCCUCCUGGUAAUAAGCAUAGGGUCAAGUCUACACGACCAUGGGAAUGCCACCAUGGGUCUACGACAAAAGGUACAACAAUGGGUUCAUGCUGCUCAGGCAUGGCUUUCCGGUCCGCUGGAAAAAGAUCGCCUGGACGUCAGGGGGCUCCAGGUCUACUGCCUGGUGAUCCUUGCACGACAGAUCUUCUCAAUUAGCGGCGACCUAGUUUGGGUGUCGAUGGGGUCGGUAAUUCGUAUGGCCAUGCAGAUAGGGCUUCAUCACGAUCCCAAACACCUCCCGGCGAUGUCGUUACUACAGGCUGAACUCCGAAGGCGGUUAUGGGCUACUGUGCUCGAGAUGGCAAUACAGUCGUCCCUAGACUCGGCGAUGCCGCCCAUAAUCUCCUUAGACCAUUUUGAUACCGAGGCACCUUCAAACUACAACGACGAUGAGAUUGAUGAGUCGACUAUCGAGCUGGUGCCCCAUCCGAGAAGCACCUACACUACUUCCUCAAUACAGCUUAUCCUUCUCGACUCGAUACCGACACGCCUGCGCAUUCUCCAGCUACUUAGCAGCCUUAAAGCAGAUUUAUCUUACCAGGACGCGCUUUCACUGAGCUCGGAAGUGACUGAGUCAUAUUACGCAUACAGGAAAUUCAGCCAAGAGAACAUCAACUCUGGUAUGACCCCAUUUCACAGGAAUCUGGUCGAUCUUUUCGUACGCCGAUUUCUAAUUCCCCUACACUGUUUAUUUGCCAGCAAGGCGCAGGCAAACCCAUUGUUCUACUAUUCUCUCAAAGUUAACCUAGACGUUGCUAUGGCCAUCGUCUCUCCCGAACCAGACGACGGCUUCUCACGAAUCAUGGCUACCGGAGGGGGCCUGUUUCGCGAGGGUUUCUGGUAUGCAACAUCUGUUAUCGGCCGCGAGAUUCUUUCACAAGUCUCAGUGCAGUAUCGAGAGGGGACGCUCUAUCGCAAUGCCCAGCACCGAGAGCUUCUCGAGCAAGCCGUGAGGGAUAUGAUCUCUUUGGCGGUGGCGAGGAUGCACCAAGGCGACACCAAUGUCAAGAUUCACAUGUUUCUGAGUAUGAUAUUGGCACAAGCCGAAGCUACGGAAAAAGGUGUGCCAUGUGAGCUUAUGAUUGCACAAGGAGCAAGGGAUAGCCUUCGGUUAUGUCAUGAUCUGCUGCAGACUCAAGCCGGCACUGAGCCCGUGCCGUAUUACGACGACGCGGGCGUCCACUUCCUCACUUUUGGAUGGAGUGCCGGAAAACUCGCUUUGGGGCUUUGA